AUGGAUAGUCCUAAGGAAGCCAUUGAAAGAACCUUCAACAAAAAUGAAGAGAAGUAUAAGAAUGUAUUUGAGAUCAUUGAUAGAAGGUGGGAAUGUCAACUUCAUCACCAACUACAUGUUGCUGAUCAUUUCUUAAACCUCGAAUUUUAUUAUUCCAAUGCAAGUAUUGUCUUUGAUCCUGAAGUGACACAUGGACUAUACAAGUGCAUCGAGAGAUUGAGUAGAUUUGAAGAAGAGGUGGAUAAAAUUACAAUGGAGCUGGCCACAUAUAAAAGAGCUGAUGGAAUCUUUAGUUUGAAUGCAGCUAUAAGACAAAGGUAUACUUUGGCUCUUGCUGAAUGGUGGAGGAAUUAUGGAAAUCAAGUUCCAAACUUGCAAAAGCUGGCUAUUAAGGUGUUGAGCUUGACUUGUAGCUCAUCGGGUUGUGAGAGAAAUUGGAGUAUUUUUGAACAUUUCAAUCAAAAUCUACUAGAUCGUUAUAACAGUCGUGAUGUGAUUAAUCCCAUAUUUUUGGAUCAUAUUGAUGAUUGCAAUGAGUGGUUGAUUGGAGAAAUGGGAGGAGAAAAUACAAAACUUGCUGAAGAUGAGUUGGUCUUUGAUGAUGAUAAUUUAACUUGGGGAGUUGUUGCUAAAGCUAAUGGGGCUGAUGAGCCUAUUGCUUACACUAGACAACAAACAAUACUGAAGAAGAAAGCUGCUACUAUCUCUAACUUUAGAAAGGAGAAGAAUAUUAUGUAA